AUGAUGAAUUCACAAUACGGACAAGGGACUUUACGAUAUUUUUUCUUCCAUGGAAAUCAUGGAGGCAUACCCAUUCCACUUCACAUGUCUGUUGACGCCAAAAUCCUAGUGUUUAGUGGGGAAGGUCAAAUCUUAUUGGGUGACACUUUUGAAGAUAAUCCAUCCCGAUAUCACUUCAACAAUGGAAUAUACGAUAUCACGGAUGGCCAAAAGGAGAGGCCUCUUCCAGCAAAGCCAUUGGUUGAAAGGCUGAUGAAAAAUGUCUCGGUGCCUUCCCUUGUUUUGGCUGAAGUCCCUAGCCAUCAAAUGGGGAUCGGACUUCGAACACUAGAUCCGUUUGUUUAUGUACCUGACAGUCUGUCUUACAGCGCAGUUCUGGUUCUUGGAAGAGACGACCUCCACCCCUGCACUCCUGAUGACAGAGAAUACUUAGCCGUUAUGAUGCAAGCUUUUGUCCCUCGGAUUAUAUCCUCGAUGGCUCCGGCAGCUAGCAAGUACCUUCCAGGCGAUGCUCAUAACUUGUGUAUCGAGUUGGCCAAUAGCAUGGAACUCAUUGAAGACGACUUCAAUUUCCAGACUUUCAUCGCAAUGUACCGAGGACGUUACGUCCAAAAGCCAUUGCCGCAAAGAGCUGUGGUUGAGCUAUGCUUGCUUCAUGUUUUGAAAAUGCCCUUCGAGCUGAAUUCUGCCAUCCAGAACUCGCUUAUACGUUACUGA